UUUUGAUUUGACGGCGAAGAGCAGCUGGUUUCCGCUUCCGCGUUCGGGUUACGGAUUCCACUCCACGGCUCGCUCGGGCCGCAUGGCGUAAAGGAAGAAGCAAGCAACUGAGUCUGAACGGUGGGGCCCGACCGACUGCUCGCGCUCGUCAUCGCAGAUCUCUCCCUCGUCAUCGCAGGGGAGUGGGGAGAGAUGGCGGAGGAGGAGAGGAAGCGGGAGCGGGUGCUGGUGGUGGGCGGCAGCGGCUACCUGGGCCAGCAUCUCCUCGCCGCGCUCGCCCUCGCCGCCGAUCGCCUCGACGUCGCUUUCACCCACCACAGCCAGGCCCCGCCGCAGCCGCUCCUCGAUGCGCUCCCUUCCGUCCGCGCUUUCCGCGCCGACCUCCGCUCCGGCGACGGCCUCGAGGCAAUCUCCGCGUCCUUCGGACAGCCACAUGUAGUUGUCAACUGUGCUGCAAUCUCAGUUCCUCGGGCAUGUGAAAUGGACCCACCUGCUGCUAUGGCUACCAAUGUGCCUUCUUCACUUGUCAAUUGGUUGCUAAGCUUUGGGAAUGACGAAUCGCUUUUGAUUCAUCUCUCGACAGAUCAAGUUUAUGAGGGGGUCAAAUCCUUCUACAAAGAAGAGGACGAGACAUUGCCGGUGAACAUGUAUGGAAAAUCUAAAGUUGCUGCAGAGAAAUUCAUUGUUGAAAAAUGCUCAAACUAUGCAAUCUUGAGAAGCAGCAUUAUUUACGGGCCACAAACAAUAUCUCCUGUGGCAAAAUCCCUUCCCAUUCAGUGGAUGGAUAGUGUUCUUUCACAGGGCCAACAGGUUGAAUUCUUUAAUGAUGAAUUUCGGUGCCCUGUUUACGUCAAAGAUAUGGUGGAUGUAAUAUCAUCUUUAGCGAAAACUUGGCUAUCAGAUGGCAAAAAGGUCCAGGUCCUUCUGAAUGUCGGUGGUCCGGAUAGGGUUUCAAGACUGAAUAUGGCCGAGUCUGUUGCUACUGUUCGUGGAUAUAACCACAAUAUAAUCAAAUCUGUAUCUGCAUCAUCGGUUAACCGGGGGGUAGCUUCUCCAUCAGACAUAUCCAUGGAUAUCACCAAGCUGACCCAGAUGCUAAGUAUCAAGCCAAUCUCAUUUCAAGAUGGAGUCAGAGCUACACUUGAUGCAGAAGCUAGUUAAUGAUGCUUUCUCAACGGUUUGUUCGAGUUCCUAAGAGAGUCGCUUAUACUGCAACGUGGAAGCAUAACAUAGAAUCACAAUUAGUUUGCAAAAUUGCAGCAGUGGUAAAUUUUGUUGGGUCUGCGAAAUAUGUAACGUUGUAUUCACUAAACACCAAUGCCAUCAUCGGUGUUACUGCUUGGUUGUACCAUUCUGAAUAAAAAUGUAUUUAUUUUAAAUCUCUUUUUCAGAAGUCUGUAACUGUAUUGUACAUGUAUACUGCUAAGAGUUACCAUCAAUGAAGAAUCUUUACCCA